CUGGCUGCUCAGUCCUCCUCAUUCAGCCUUCAUGUCUGCGGACAGGAGCUGCUUUGAUCCCUCUGAUGAAGAUGUAAAGUGUGAGGUGUGUGGGCUGGAUCAGGAUCUCCUCCUUUCAACAGGCUCAAUCCCAAAUUCAUCGGGAAUAAUCGUUUGAAGGCAAGGCGGCAGCGCAGCUUGAUUUCUGUGUAACUUUUUUGGAAUGUAGGACGUCGCGGUUUUUUCUCUCUCCCCUUUCUGUUAAAGCCCACUUUCGCACCACAUGCGCCCGUUUGGAUCCGUGUGACCCUUAUUCUGCAGAAUAAGGCUUUGGCGUUUCUUUGGUGGAACUGAGGAGGCGGUGGGCGACUGGUCCGUGGUAGGUCUUUCUAAAAGAGUGUUCAGACGAGGUCAGCGCGGAUGGGACUUCCAAGACUUCAGAAGGGGCCUGGUUGGGAGAGGGAGUGAGUAUGGACAACCUUUCUGACUUCGGUGGCCCCUGUCCGUCCUCCCGCAGGGACUGGGACACCAACAGCUGCGUGGAAGAUGAAGAUGACAAGGACAGGGCAAAAAGGGCAUCCCGAAACAAAUCGGAAAAGAAACGAAGAGACCAAUUCAAUGUGCUCAUCAAGGAGCUGUGCACCAUGCUGCAGGGUCAAGGCCAUCCACGCAAGAUGGAUAAGUCCACCAUACUGCAGAGGACGAUCGACUUCUUGCAGAAGCAGAAAGACAUCACUGCACAGAAUGAAACUUGUGAUGUGAGGCAGGACUGGAAGCCUUCGUUCCUCAGUAAUGAGGAGUUCACUCAGCUGAUGCUGGAGGCCCUGGAUGGUUUCCUGGUUGCUUUAACGACAGAUGGCAACAUCAUAUACGUAUCUGACAGUGUGUCUUCACUUAUUGGCCAUUUACCGUCAGAUAUGGUGGACCAAAAUAUCUUGAAUUUCCUCCCGGAGCGGGAGCACGGGGAGGUGUAUAAGCUGCUAUCAUCCCACAUGCUGAUGACUGACCCCAUUGCUGCUGACUUCCUUGACAGUGAGGCACAUAUUGAAUUUUGCUGUCAUCUAGCCAGAGGUAACAUCGACCCAAAGGAGCCGCCUGUGUAUGAGUAUGUCAAGUUUGUUGGGGAUUUCAAGUUUCACAACAAUGUGCCUACAUCUUCUUGUAACGGCCUUGAGUUGACGUUACCAAGAAGUCUGCAGUCAUCGCUGGAGGAGCAGGUCUGCCUCAUUGCUACUGUACGAUUAGUCACUCCACAGUUUCUAAAGGAUUUGUGUAAUGUGGACGAUCCUUGUGAUGAAUUCACUUCUAGACACAGCCUGGAGUGGAAGUUCCUGUUUUUAGAUCACAGAGCUUCACCAAUCAUAGGCUAUUUACCCUUCGAGGUUCUUGGAACUUCUGGCUAUGAUUACUAUCAUGUGGAUGACUUGGAGCUCAUAGCUCAGUGUCACAACCAGUUAAUGCAGUUUGGAAAGGGUAAAUCCUGCUAUUAUCGCUUCCUGACCAAAGGCCAGCAGUGGAUUUGGUUGCAGACUCACUACUACAUUACUUACCACCAGUGGAACUCCAAACCGGAGUUCAUUGUCUGUACUCACACCGUCGUCAGUUAUGCUGAGGUGCGAGCUGAGAGGAGGAGAGCGUUAGGUCUUGAAGAGCUGUCUCCGCCUGAGAUAGCUCCGUCCUCUGUGAAGGCUCAGGAGCUGUACUUGGACAUCUGCUCCACACUGGACGCUCCGCGGGACAGAAACAGCGGUGCACGUUCGGUGUCCUCCCACAGCUCCCGGAAGUCCUCCCACACAGCGCUGUCAGAUUCUGCAUCAGCUAACUCCUACACUGAUGCCUGCACACCAUCAUGGCAGUCUGCUUCCAUUGGACCAGAGAAGACGUCUGUCAGACUCAAACCGAGCAGUUCAAAGAAUUUGGCACAAAGACAAAAUUCCUUUGACCUUGUUCCCCAAAUGAGCCUCCCCCUUUCUCCUACCUGCAGCAAGCACUCCGCAAUGCAACAGCAAUCACAGCAGCAUCAGCAGCAGUCCUCCAUGUAUCAGCUGCAGCAGCCUCAGCUCGGUGUAAUGAACCAGCUGAAGGAGCAGCUGGAGGAGAGGACGCGCAUCCUGCAAGCUGACAUUAAGACGCAGCAGCAGGAGCUGCACGACAUUAAGGAGAAGCUUCAGCUUGCAAAUCUACAGAUGUUGUUACAGCAGCCAAUCCACAAUGACUUUGGCCAGGCACAGCAGCAGCAGCAGCAGCAGCAGCAGCAGCAGCAGCAGCAGCAGCAGGGCCCGGGCAGGCCGGCCCAGCAGAACCAGGGCUCGGGGGUCAUCAGGCAGCUCUCAGGCCACCCGAAACCACCAGUCUGCGGGUCUCACAGCUCAUCCCCUCACUCACUCCUGAGAGAGAACAGCUCGCCGUCCACGCAGGUCCAGCAGAGGAUUCCCCGGAGCGGACAGGCGCCGUCGGUGAGUUUACCUGUGCAGACAAACACGAGUCUGACGAUGCCCUUCUACAGCAACCCCAUGAUGUUCUCUCAGACCAACACAAGGCCUCAGCAUGAUGCAAACCAAAGACACACAGACAACCAGUUCAGCCCGGAUGGACAACUACGAAUGCUCCUCAACCAACCAAUGCAGACACUGGUUCCCACGAGCAGCGUCACCACGCAGCCUUCCCAGUGCAACAUGGGCCUCUCCCAAACCAUAUACACCUUGGAGCAGCAGAUCAUCGCCCCCUCGUUCUCCAUGCAGCAGGUCAACUGUAACGCCGUCCUCGUGCCCUCUCCGGUCUUCACGUCCCCCAUAAUGAUCCCACACAACAGCUUCAUGACGCAUCAGUCCCAGUCGGCCUACAACGCUCAGCCUCAGUCCUCUCAGCACUCCCUGCAGCUCCAGCAGCCCCAGCAGUUCUUUCAGAUGACUCAAGGACUCGUACAAGGUGGAUCUACUCCAGCUUUCUUACACACCACUAAUGUCCCACAGCAGAACACUGUGGGAUACAUUCAGCAGCAGCAGCAGCAGCAGCAGCAGCAGCAGCAGCAGCAGCAGCAGCAGCAGUCACAGCAGCAGCAGUCACAGCAGCUGCAACUUUCACAGCAGCAACAGCCGCAAAGGCAGUACCAACAUUCCCAAAACCAGACUGGCAGCGUUUCAGACUUCCAGAACCUGCUGAAUCGGUAGCACUGUGGACUCAGUUGGAGCACCGAGAUCAGCCUCUGCGGGGUCGCCCUGCAGGUGGCAGCAUGUCAUGGCAUUUGGAAGUCAAACUUGACAAGUUCGGCCGCGGAAAAUGCUUGAAAGUGCAACAAAAAUGCUUGUAGUGACCUUACUUCUGACGUGAAGCUCAGAAGAAGCCGGCCUGUCGGUCGCUGAGUGGAAACACAAGUGGAGGCUGCACUGAGCUGACGCCACCUGCAGGAUCUGAAGAGAGUCUGAGCUGCUGGGCUUCAUCACCAGGCCGCGCCGCGCUCAGUCGUCCAUCAGCGAAACUGCUGGAACAAGUGGAUUAUCAAAAAGCUCUUAAGAAGACACUUUUACAUGUUUACAUGUGGAAGUUUCCGUCUCCCAGAGUUUCCUUCUAAGUGUCUGUUUGCACUUUGGUACCACCCCCUACCUGAAAGUAGAAUAUUUAUUUUUGCCCACAAAUUAAUGUUCUCUUUUGUCCACUAAUAAUGACUUAAUAUUGAGAUUACUUUUCAGAUCUACUGCUCGACACCCCUCCCCACUGACACAACAGCAUCGCCCCCGGUAAGAUUUUGAUUUCCCCUGAAAAUGGUUCAUCUCAUAAAGGGAUUUGUGUACAUGGGAACUCUGCACCAAUGUACAUUUCAGUUGGCAGACAAUACAUCACUCCAUUUAUAUCCCCACAACAACGAUUUACUCACACGUAUGUUCACUAGGGAGGGGCUUGAUUGUGAAACAUGCUGUGGUGACAUGACCGUCAUAUCAACAAUCAGGUUUGCUAAGAGUUUCGAUGGAACAGUGGUAAACUCGGGGUGAUUAUCUCCAGUUUUUUGAAAGGUCUAUCUAGAUUUUUAAAGCCUCAAUCUGGGACUGAAGAGGGGUUCUCACAGAGAAUGACAACAAAGCUCUGAAGUUGUGCUUUCAGAUGAGCUGUGCAGCCCGAGUCCUUGUGUGGUAAACGGCUACCAGAGAGGAGGGGAAAAUUGUGCCUUCAGCCGUGGCGCGUCCACGGUGCGGUUUGAUGGUUUUGUCUGAUUACGGCUUUAAAAAUCCAGCUCAGGUCCAUUUGGAAUACAAAGUUCUAUUUUCAUAAAGUCAUAAUUUAUUAUAUUCCACAUCAGAUAUGAAUAAAAGACAUCUAGAUUUGUAUUGGAUAUAUAACAAAUAUAUAUUGGAUGAUUUUUGCAACCUUACCAGUAAAUAAGUCCCAACUUUGUAAUGAUAGUAAUUCAUAAGAUUCAUUUAUCUGUUUAAACCCUACUAAAAUCAUUUCAUGUUUUAUUUAUUGCAUAUAUAUUUGAGACAAUAUGUGGGAUUGAGAAACUAGUUUUAUACACACAGGUUAGAAUUGAUUUUUCUUUUAGACAUUGAAAGGUCAACACUGGUCCUUGUGUCUUGCCCCGUCAUGGUUUAAUACAGACUGUUUUCAGCACGCCGCCACUCAUCUGUGUGUGGCUAAUUGUAGUUUUGCACCACAACACAACAAACUGCUGCAGAAGUGUACGCUUUGUGGUUUGAUUUUCUCGAUCCGUCCGUCUGCUGCAUGAACAGCAUUCUCGUCAUCUCUAACAUGGUCAGUUUUUCUGUUUAUUUGAGCAUUUGAGAAGGUAAAAAAUGUCUCUCCAACAGUGAGCGGUUGAGCUGAUUUCAUGAAAAUCCAAAUAUUGCUCACUGACGGUUAAUUUACCUUAAGAGUAUAUAGCAGCCUCUAAGUGUCACAGAGCUGCAGUGAUGGGAAAAAAAAAUGACAUUAUUGCAAGUAUUAACAUUGAUUGUUCACACAUCUGGAAGUCAGGCCUUCGACUGUUUCAAGAUGCUACAGUCGUUUUUAUGCUGAUUUUUCUAUGGCAAUCUUUAGGGUUCAUGUUAUUUUUCAAAAAAUUGGUUACUUUGGGCAAGGAAAUCAAGCUGUGAUGUGUUCAACUGCUAAUCAGCUCUACCAACUGCACUCCAACUCAUCUCUGUGUUGUAAAGUUAAAUAUCUAAAAGGGUUUUUUGUUUCCAUAGAAAUAAUCCCUUCUUGCUUUAUAAUUGAUUAGAUUUAACUGUACACUUCUUUCUCCACCCAACCCUGCACUGAUCACUGCCACCUGAGCACACCAGCUCACCCAUGACUGCUACAUGUAAUCAGUCUAUUUUCAAACUACUUUACAAUAGAAAGUUGUUCUAUCGAAGCCAUAAAUGUUUGAUCCUAAAACAAAUUCUGAAGAUAAUGAUACAGAAAAGUUUAAUCUUGGAAGUUAACCAGAUUGGUUCCUGGUUCUUCAGGUUUGUUAGAAAAGAAUAGCCUUUAUUGUCAUCGUACACAAAAGUUGUACAAAGAAAUUAGUGGGAGCAUCUCACCAAGCAAUAUGCAUGAUGUUACAUAUAAUAAUAAUAAUAAUAACUUUAUCUAUAAAGCGCUUUCCGUCAAAGUGCUGUACAUAGAAAUAAAAACAGAUAAAUAAAAACAGAUAAAAAUAAAAACAAUAAAAAAAAAGACAUCAGUUAAACAAACAAUUUAAGAUUCAUAUAUAGAAGAAAAGAGGUGGGUCUUCAGCUUAGUUUUAAAUACAUUAAUGGACGAUGCCUGCCUGAUUUCAGCAGGUAGACUGUUCCACAAUGUAGGUGCCCGGAAAGAAAAAGCCCGUUCCCCAACCGUCUUUUUAUAGACCUUCGGGAUAUUCAGAAGUCCAGUCCCCUGGGAACGGAGAGCCCGAGCGGGGACAUACAGAUUCAGUGGGCUGGAUAAAUAAGACGGGGCAAUUCCAUUAACAAUGAAAGCAUAAACUGGAACCCUCCCAAUGUGUCUUGUAUUAUAUGAAAACACCAUAUGGACAUGUUAACAAAAGAGUUUCAGCAUUGGGGAUAAGAUUUGGAUGACAGUUGUUACAAAAAGAGGAUGUAAGUGUUUUGGUGAAGCCAGAUUAGCAGUUGAACAAUGUGCAGGAAGAAAACGCACUGAAGAACAUAUGGACAUCUUCUGUUAAUGACAAUCAGCGUACAACAGUACACUGUACAGAAACUGCCUGUGUAGCAGUUUGUGUUCAUGCUAAAUUAUGCCCCAGGAAAAAAAAACACACAGCUCUCACUGUGCAUCUUGUGCUACACUUCAUUAAAGCCACCCGUAAUGCUCAAUGCGGCAGUUUGGUCAGUUUAGUCCCAUUUAAGACUGGUGCUGUUCAUUCUGGACGACAAGACACAAACGUCAGUUUCACUUUCAGCAUGUAUGUUCAGUGCUGUUCUCCACUUUUCUAUGUGCAAUGUCAAUUUGAAGAGAAGAAUGUUAAUUUAUACUGUUUUAAAAUGUUUCAGGACAGAUGUACGAUGUAUAUAGAGGUGUAUAAUAAGCCGUUGUACCAUGUAAAUUAUAUGGAAGUAUUUUUUUAAUGAAAAUGUCCUAACAUUCCUUCAGCUGUUGAUAUCAGCAGUACCUUUUUUUUUUUUUACUUAAAAAAGGUACAAGAUGUGUCCACUGAAGAUUAUGAUUACACAGGAUUAUGUCUGCGUGGGAAUCUGUUGGUUUCUCCCAAACGCCAGAUAAAACAUGACAACCAAACACAGAAACUCUGGAGUAAAGGGUCAUAUGAUCACCUUGAUAAUGAAAAAUGAAAGAAAAAAACAGAUGAAAUGAAGAACAGGAAUCCUUGGAGCAGGGUGUAGUAACUGCUGCUGAGUCUUUCAACUGUAAUUCAGCCAAAACUGAAAGAAGUCACAAGAAAAAGUGCAAUUGUACAUCAUCAUCAAAUCUUUUUUUUUUUAAUGGCUAAAGCAAGUCUCAGUCUCCCUUUAUUCAUCUUUAUGCUUCCACAAGUUUGACAAAGGAACAGUAAAGUGACUGCCCAUAACUAGAGACUCAGAGGUGCCAUAGAAACUGUAUUUGUUUUUCUUCUUUAAUCCAUAUUAUUCAACUACUGAAUGGAAAAAAAUUGUAAGAAAUGUGUGAAAGAAAGUAAUUUUGCAGAGGCAGUGGUAGUGAAAUUCCUCAUCGACUUUAUUUUCCAUCUUCACGCAUCAUUCAGAGACGUUUUGUGUCCAUGUCUGUAUACAAAAAUAACUGUCAUGUUGUUUUGCCUUGCAAAGGUAGUUGAGGGAAAUUCUGCUCAUUAAAUUCCACUGUGCUCCACCUAAAUUAUUUUGCUUCGGAUGUGAGAUGAUUUUUCGUGUUUUUUUUCCCCCUCACUGUUGUAAAUAAUCCAUCGGUCGGUACUGUUUCUCUUUGUAGUUGAGUUAAACGCUCUCCACCGACAGUCCGCACAUUCUUUCUUUUUUUUCAUUCAACCUUCAGAAUGCUUUUCUUCUUUAUGUUUUUUUUUCAUUUUUGAGUGUCACUGUUUUUUGAAGGUAUGUGAAUUUAAUCACAUUUGUUUUUUUUGUUUUUUUUCUGAUUUGUAAAAUAAUGACUGGCACCCUAAGAGUGAGGGUGUUCAGUCAGAUCAAUGCUUUCUGUGUAAGAUUUGCCAGGACAUGAACAAAACAAACCUGGUAUACAGCCAUUUCUGCAGUUUCAGUGCAGAAACAAACAUUGAAUAUAUUGUAUAAUAGAAUGUACAAAAAAAAAAGAAGUUUAGGCUACAUAGUUGUUUAUUUUAUAUGUCUAAUAGAUUAUAUAUGUAUGUUACAUGAUUUUAAAAUUAAAGUAAUUUUGUAACAGAUAAUGAAGUGUCUUAUUAGAGGAGGUGAGGCUUUUUUGGCGUUCAAGUUGGUGUUGCACAGUCACUUGUAUGGCUUGUUUUCUUUCUGUAUUUACCAUCAAAAUAAGCUUUAAAAUAUUGUUAACAUUGUUUUCAAAGAAAUUAACAAAUUAAGUUUACAUUCUAAAAUAUCUUGAUAGUAAUUCUGAUAUAUUGAAUUAUUUAUAAAUCAACCUGGAUAUUGUGAAAUAUUUGAAAAUAAAUAUUUUUAAACAUA